AUGGAGCUUCAACUGGAAUACACGCAGGCUGUUUCCAAAAGCAGCUCCAACCCUGAGUGCCAGGACUUCCACCAGGAGCAUGGCAAGGGUGCUGAAGCCACCCCUGCAUGGUGGGCUGGGCGGGGCGCCUGCGCGCUGUGGCCCGGCCGGUUGCCAUGGUGCCAGGCCGCCGUUGCCAUGGUACCGGCUGCCGCCGCCAUGAUCGCUCCCCGCAUGAAGUCGCGGUCAGGCCGUUCUCAGGUCGAGGGCUCAACCUCUCAGGUCGCUCACAACCACAUUUCCCGCAAAAUCUACGACAAAGAUAUCUCAGGACAGCAGGCGGAUGAAAAGGUGCCUGGGGUGCAAAGAAAAAACUCACUGGCCUGGAAAUUUAUUUCCUCUGAACAAAUCUCUGAUCUGAUCCAACUAACAGUGAAUGGAGUCCAAAAAAGAUUGGCGGAAUUUCUACAGCUGAGACUCUUUGAGUAUUGUAUGAAACAAGGCAUAUUCUUGGAUUAUUAUGUUUCCGGGUUUUGGUGGGCAAAAGAACAGAAAUUUACACUGACACAAAUAUCUACCUUCAUGACUCUAUUGAAAAUCAUUUUGGUGAAUGUCAGUGAGAAACGCUUGUCAUUGCUUGAUAAUUUAAAAGAAUUCAAGAACAUCAUGGCUAAAGUUGUUCAGUCAAGUUCAGAAAAGAAUGAUGACGGGGAAUUCUUCACUGUUGACCAAGGCAAAGCCAUUAUUAGUUACAUGAAAAUCAGUUUAUUUCAGCAUUACAAACUGUAUGAGUUCGUUUACAAUCAUACUCCAAAUGUACAGAUUCUAGACACGAAGCUUGAUGUGGAAGUCAUCAAAUCAGUUGAUCCUUUCCCUUCACCACUGGAGGAGAGUUUAACCUGGGAUAUCUACUCAUCCUACGUUUUGCUGCAGCCACCAGAGGAAUUUGUAGAGGAGGUUGUAUUGGAAGCUGAGGAGAGCAGAGAAGAAGCCCAGACCACACCUGUGGAUCCUCUGGCAGGUUACACCAUAAAUGAUGUCAAAUCAAUACUGGGUGAAGUAACAGCAGAUGUGCUCAGGAAUUUCCAGACUGAGAUAAAUGAAAGGCUCCAGAAACAGGAAGAAGCCUACACUGUGAGAAUCAACAAACUUAUCCAGCACUGAGACAUGUGGCAGGAGGAUCUGUCUCCAAACACUGUAGAUAUCCGGAUAUGCUGCUUGUGAGCUAAUUAUGUUUCAAAGUAUGUAAUAGCAAGGGGAGAUAUGAAAAGUCUUCAUUUUGUUCACCAAAAGAUAUUUGGCAUAUUGUUUGGGGAGGAUUUGGAGCCAUGCAUCAUGUUUGUUAUGUCUGUGUUCUGUGAUGUGGCUUUGCAUGGUGUAUGUAAACAAGCUGUUGCUUAUCUUUGAACGUGGUGCCUAUUAAAACUACUUCUGGUGAAACAGUUUACCAUGUUAAACACAGAUAUAAAUACAAGUUGUUGUUUUCUUCAUAGAAGUUAAUGUACUUUAUUCAAAUCCCUGCCAAUAGUUCAGCAGCACAUCCUGUGGAAAUAGUGUUUUUUUCAUCCCUGAACAAGUCUGACUAUCUCUGGUGAAAGGACAAGAUGCCUACUCCUUGGAACCUGCAGUGUUUCUGUAAUGGCUAUAAUAUCCCGGUCCCACGUAUCUAUCCACACCGAGUUCAUCGGCCUUAGUUGUCAGCCCUCUCCAUUGAAAUAAAUGCAAUUUAAUCCAACAGGCAUUCCUCACUCUCUGUCUUGUUCCAGCCUGACCUGCCUCUUCAACUUACUAUUUCUGAUUACUGUAUCUCCUUCUAGCCUCAGACUUGCUUCCCUGGUGUGGUGGAUCCCAAUCUAGUUUAAAACCUCCCUUGUAGCACUAAUAAACCUGACCACCAAGAUAUUGCCACUGUUGAUACUGGAACUAUAGGUGAGAUUUUCCAUCAUGACCUGGGUCUGUGGCAUUCGCAGAGGUUAUAGGGACCCAGAACACAGCUGGCUAGUUUUUGAGCACCCAGUUCAUGGGGGCAAAGUAAAUCUCUCUGCCACCACUAGUGACGUGAAACCUGUUCCAAUUUGAAGUAAUUUACAAAUAUUGGGUUUUUCUGCAUAGGUUUUAAUAGUUAGUUGGAAUUGUUUUUCCAAAAAAAAGCUGACAUUUUGCAUUUAAUCGUGGGUUUCAGCUGAUGCCAGGUGAAUUUCUCCACUCCUGCACCCCCAGCUCAGACCCUUGCCCAGCUGGAUAAUACAGUGGAAAUCACACACACCUUGUGCCUUUGUUUAUGCAAAUCCAUAUUGGAACACUCAAGCAAAAUAUUAACUAAUCAUUCAAAUCAAGAUUACUUUACAAUCUCGGAAAC